AUGUGGCAAAUUGUGUUGGCCAAUUUUCUUGUGAUCACUGUAAGACCCAACUUAUCCUGAUAUCCCAGAUUUUUUCAAAUAUCCUUUAGACGUGCUCGAUUGGCAUUUGGGCGAAUUUGCGACUUUGUUGGAAGCUCUUCAAAAUUACACCGUAUACCAAAUAUAUUCAAUGGCAUACGAUGGCGAAAGGAUUGUCGAAUGUGGCGACAAUGCUUGUUUUUGCAGGGAUUCAGAUUCCCACUAUGAUUAUGUAAGUGUGCCAGGUUUUCAUAAAAAUGGGCGGAGCUUGGCGAUUUUUGAUGGAAUUGAAGAUUUCAUUAAGCCACGCCCAUUUUUGCAAGUCUGGCACGGUUUUUUUUUUGAAAAAUAGAAAUUCUGGGAACAAAACUAUGCCAGGGUUGCAUAAAAUUUUUUUUUGAAGAAUUCUGAAGCCACGCCCCUUUUAUGCAAUCCUGGCAUGUUUUAUUUUAAAAGAAAAAUUUGUGAUAAAACAACAUCGGCAAAAAAUCUCAAAGCCACGCCCCCUUCUGCAACCCUCGCACAGUUUUUCUUUUCAGGAAUUGCUCAGUCUACCCAGAAAUCGUCUACCGUUAUGGCGGUGCUUUGGCAGGUCUCACCAUGAUUCCAGCUCGACUCAAUCAACUUUGUCUGUCCUUCGGAACCUGUUACAUCGCCUUCUUCCCAUUUCGCCAAAUUUCCGAUGUUAUUUUAUAUUCUUCAAUGGGAUUUGCAGGUAAAACGAUUUCUCUGCGUCUCUUACUCUCCAGCUGUCUGGUGUCUCUCACUUCUACUUGCUCUCUUAUCGACGUAUCCUCUGCGUCUCUAACCUCUCAAUUUUCAGCUAUCCUCGGUCUCGCCAUUUUCUCGAUCCGAAUUCAAUCUGAGCAAUGCUCGUUCGAAUUUCUCGCCUCAACUUUUGCGUGGACAUAUUCCGAUGGAAAAUGUGCACAAAUUGUGGUCGAUUUCGUGUUCUACGGUAUCAAAUUUCAAAUAUAUUCUGGAUAUUUUGCCAAUUUUCUAACUUUUACCAAAAUUUGUGUGGAUGUUUUGAAGAAGAAAUCAUUUGUUGGCAAUCAGGAAUUGGCGAAUCGCUUGAGGAAAACGAAAAUUCGUUUGGCACAGUGUGUUAUUCAGGAUUUUCCAUUUUUGAUUGAUGUAACUGUUCAAUUUGGACAUGAAUUGAGACGUGGCAAUUAUUCGGAUCUUGGUUUUCUUUUGCCAUUCCUUUUUAACACGUUAUUUUGGAAUAUUGGGCAUACUGUAGAUGGGUACGGUAGCGUCCUUUAGAGAUCACGAAAAAAUACUGUUUUUUCAGCCUCACAAUGCUGUUUAUGUUGAAUGUCACGAAAAAGGUGGUGAGGAUCGAGGAUUCGAAUUCAAAUUGA